GCACGCGCCGGUGAGGAUUCUUGUUAGGAGCGGUGGUGCGCGCGCAUCCCUGGUGGCGCUGUGCUUGUUUAGUGUUAAUGACGCGUGCCGACGCGCGCGCUCACUGCGCUUAAGCCCUAUACGUGUCGACGUAAACACGUGCCGGUCCCCAGGUUAACGGGCUGCUUUCAGCAUUCUCUCUCCUCCCCUAAAAUCCUCCACCCAUCCAUCCUUCCCUUUUCUCUUUCUCUCUCCCCCUCUCUCUUUAUUCUUGAUCAUAAACAGCAGAGGCCGUGAUGGCGGACCCCGCAGCGGCAGAAGCAGCAUCCUCUCCGUGUCCGACUCCGGGCCUUUCUCCGGCGGUGAGUCCGGGCUCCGAGCCUCCCUCGGCGGCUCUGUCACCGUCGGCGGGCGGCGCGCAGCGGCUCCUUUUCUCGCACGACCUGGUGUCCGGUCGGCACCGCGGUUCGCUGCGAUUUGGCCUCGUGCGAAUGAUUCACGGAGAGGAGGACUGGACCGAGGACGAGGAUGAGGACCUUGAUGGCGGCGAAGGCAGAGACGGUGGAGGAGGAGCAGGAGGAGGCGGCGGUGGCGGAGGCAAAGACGGCGGCGGUGGGAACGGUACCGGCGGUGGAGGAGGCACAGGAGGCGGCGGCCGCGUCCACGCGAGUUCGGAUACCGAGAACGGUGCACCGGAGUCACGGACGUGGCCUCUCGGUAGGGGCUUCGUGCGCGUGCAGUGGUAUCCCGAAGGCACUAAGCAGGAUGUUCGGGAAACGAAGCUGAAACUUGAAGAUCGAUCCAUUGUGCCUCGAGACUUUGUGCGCCGAAUGAAUUCAAACGAUAAGCAGUGUGGUAUAGUGACCAACAUUAACACAGAGUGUGCAGUGAAGCUGGUGGGGACAAACUGUUGUUUAUAUCCUGUAAACAGUCGAGACCUGCAACACAUCUGGUGUUUUAUGUAUAGUGAUUACGUUGUGUAUGACUUCUGGCUGGGGAAGGUGUAUGACCUGAGCAAUCGCAUCAUCCUAAAGCUGUCCAAUGGCGCACGAUGUUCAAUGAGUGAAGAAGAUGGAGCCAAACUCUAUGAUGUUUACCCACAUGUCAGCGAUUCGGGGCUGUUCUUUGACGAGGUGUACGGCUUUUACCCAGGUCAGGUCCUCAUCGGGCCGGCUAAGGUCUUCUCAAACGUGCAGUGGCUGUACGGCGUGAAGCCUGUCCUCAGCAAGAAGAGCAAAUUCAGAGUGGUGGUGGAGGAGGUGCAGGUUGUCGAGCUCAAAGUGACGUGGAUCACGAAGAGCUACUCACCUCAAGGCUCGGACAGCGUCUUCCCUCCUCAAUCAACCAUCACACAGGAAAACCUUUGCAGAGUGAAGCGUCUGGGAUACUUUGACCACACACAGCGGCAGCUGGGCGAGAGAGCUCUCUAUGUCUUUCCCGCUAAAGGAGACGCAACACGAAUCACCUGCGAGGGCCCUGAGGGGGCACCGGUUUUACCUGAGGACCCAGUCAUCCGAAAGGUCAAACGAAUGUUUAAAAAGCAGCCAGGAAAGAAGGCGACGGAGAGCACAGAAUCGCAGUCCAACAGUGUGCAGACGGCUGGGAAAACGGACGAAGCUGAAGCACAACAAUCUGAGGCACCUCAUGACCAUACGGAAGAAAAUUCUGUGCCAAAACGCUCCAAUAAUGGCCUUGUCCCAAAUGAGGCUGAUGAGAAAGCAAGAGACCAAGAGCCCACCGUACCCCAGGCACAGUGGCCACUUCUCGGGGAGCUGGAGUCGGACGAGGACGCCGCAGAGGACACAGAUGACACAAGUUCCAUUACGUCCUCAGCCAGCUCUACAGCCUCACUGCACAGCGGCCAGAGCAGAAAGAAGAGCAUUCCUCUGUCAAUCCGCAACCUGAAAAGGAAACACAAGAAAAAGAAGACCAAGUUCUCCAGAGAGUUCAAACCUGGAGACAGAGUGGCUGUGGAGGUCGUUUCCACGGUUACCUCAGCUGAUGUCAUGUGGAAGGACGGUCGACUAGAGACGGGAAUCCGUUCGAACGACCUCAUCCCAAUCCAGCACCUGGACAACCACGAGUUCUGCCCUGGAGACUAUGUGGUGGACAAACGCAGCCAAGCGCUGCAAGACCCGAGUGUGUAUGGUGUGAUUCAGAGAGGAGACCACAAGGCCAGGACAUGUGUGGUGAAGUGGAUCAAACUGAACGCUGCAGGAGAUGAUGUGGAGGUGAUUGGUGAAGAGGAAGAUGUCAGUGUUUACGAUAUAUCAGAUCACCCUGACUUCCACUUUCACACCACAGACAUCGUCAUACGGAUAGGCAACUCCGGCUCAGAUGAAUUCAGUGAUGAAAGGACUGUAGGACAGGUGUGCAGAGUUGACGUCAGCAGCAAAGUGGAGGUGGUCUGGGCUGACAACUCUAAAUCUGUUGUCUUACCGCAGCAUCUAUACAAUGUUGAGUCUGAGAUCGAGGAGUCGUAUUACGAUUCGGGCGAGGGUAGCACCAGCGGCGCUUCCUCAGAAGAAUGGGAGGAUGAGAGUGACAGCUGGGAGACUGAUAAUGGCCAGGUAGAGGAGGAGGCGGGGACAGGUGGAGAAGACUCCACCCCCAAAACAGAAGCUCUGGCAGAGGUCAAAGCUUCGACACCUAGUGCUACAGCUGGUGCAGACACACAGGGAAAACCUGCCACACCCGAACUGCCUGCAGGUGGAGCACCAACAAGUGAGGAGAAGUCCAGUAAGGAGACACCACGAUUGGCUUUCCGUGAGCUCAAAGAGGCCCUGAAGAUCCUGGAGAGCUUAAAGAACAUGACAGUGGAUCAGCUGUGGACUGGCUCGCCCACCUCUCCCACUGCCGAGCCAACAGGCGCCACAGGCACAGCCACCCCAGCCGAUGCCAAGCCCACAAAGGAGAAACGCUUCCUAGAUGAUAUUAAGAAGCUUCAGGAAAACCUAAAGAAGACUCUGGACAAUGUGGCCAUUGCGGAAGAGCAGAAGAUGGACGAGGAACGGGCAUCCGCCCCUGCUGAGCCUCAGACACCGGUGCGCUCCGGGUGGCCCAGUGAUACGCCUGUCCUGUGCCAGCAAAGUGGCGGCAAACCCGGCGUCACGUUUACCAGUGCCAAGGGCGAGGUUUUCUCUGUGCUUGAGUGGGCUCCAGACACCCACACAUUUAAGAAGAUGGAGUUCCAGCCGGCUGAAGCUAAGAAGUUCUUCAGUACAGUCAGAAAGGAGAUGGCUUUGCUGGCUACGUCAUUGCCUGAUGGCAUUAUGGUCAAGACAUUUGAAGACCGCAUGGACCUGUUUUCAGCUCUAAUCAAGGGUCCAACACGCACACCAUAUGAGGAUGGCCUCUUCUUAUUUGACAUCCAGUUGCCCAAUAUCUACCCUGCUGUACCACCACUAUUCCGUUACCUGUCACAGUGCAGCGGACGCCUCAACCCAAACCUUUACGACAAUGGCAAAGUGUGUGUGAGCCUGCUAGGCACAUGGAUUGGCAAGGGCACAGAGAGGUGGACGAGCAAGUCAAGUCUCCUGCAGGUGCUUAUAUCUAUUCAAGGCCUGAUUUUGGUCAAUGAGCCUUACUACAACGAGGCAGGCUUUGACAGUGACCGCGGCCUGCAGGAGGGUUAUGAAAACAGUCGUUGCUACAACGAGAUGGCCCUCAUCAAGAUGGUGCAGUCCAUGUCGCAGCUUCUGGCACAGCCGAUCGAGGUGUUUCAGCAGGAAAUCCGUCAGCACUUCUGCACCAGCGGCUGGAGACUUGUGCACCGAAUCGAGUCCUGGCUGGAGUUGGACACGGCCGUGUCUGAACGUGGCGCUCGAAACACCAGCACCAUGCGGGCUGAGCCUCUGGACGAAGAGGCUCCUGAGGCACUGGUGCACAGCAGUCCUACAGGCAAACCUGAGUCCAGAGGUGAGGAGGAGCUUGAAGACUCUGGUCUCGGUGCAUCCAAGGACCACAACCUGAGCUCCGAUUUGGACGGCUCUAAAGGGGCAGAGCCAGCACAGCAGGGCGGCAAAGCGGCACAGGAGUCUCAGCCGGCUGUCAGACCGAAGAAGCGGAGACGGAGCUACCGCAGCUUCCUCCCUGAGCGUAGCGGCUACCCGGACAUCGGCUUCCCGCUCUUUCCUCUCUCAAAAGGCUUUGUUAAGAGCGUGCGUGGCGUCUUGUUUCAGUAUCGUGCUGCAUUGAACGCCGCUGGCAUCCCCGAAGAGAAAUAAUCACACAUCUACUCAUCACAUCUUUCAUCUUUAUCUCUUUCCUUCGCACUCAUUCCCUUUAAUCCGCUGACCUCCAGCGAGGCUAUGCCCCCUUUGCUAGCCAAGCACGGGUUUGAUGAUUAUUUUUUUGUUUCCAUAAUCAUUAAGCCGUUUUGUCCCAUAAUUCCUAAAUAAAUUUCUAAUAAAUA